GCGCAGCCUGCUGGGGAUUGUAGUCUUCUUGUUGUCUAAGGCCCCGGGCAUUACUGGGAAACCUGGCGCCCUAGGACUACAAGCCCGAGAAGCCCAUGCGCAGGCAGGGGGGCGGGGCAGGACCGGAGGCUGGGGAGCCGCCUCCUCUGCAACGCCGGGCCCGGAGUCUUAGAACCCAGGGCCCGCAAGGGUUCUCGCGCGGUUGCCGCGAUGCAGAAAUACGAGAAACUGGAGAAGAUUGGGGAAGGCACCUAUGGAACAGUGUUCAAGGCCAAAAACCGGGAGACUCAUGAGAUCGUGGCUCUGAAACGGGUGAGGCUGGAUGAUGAUGAUGAGGGAGUGCCGAGUUCUGCCCUUCGGGAAAUCUGCCUACUCAAGGAGCUGAAGCACAAAAACAUCGUCAGGCUCCACGACGUGCUGCACAGCGACAAGAAGCUGACUUUGGUUUUUGAGUUCUGUGACCAGGACCUUAAGAAGUAUUUUGACAGCUGCAAUGGUGACCUAGAUCCUGAAAUUGUGAAGUCGUUCCUCUUCCAGCUGCUAAAAGGCCUGGGAUUCUGUCACAGCCGAAACGUGCUACACAGGGACCUGAAGCCUCAGAACCUGCUCAUAAACAGGGUGGUCACGCUGUGGUACCGCCCACCGGAUGUCCUCUUUGGGGCCAAGCUGUACUCCACGUCCAUUGACAUGUGGUCGGCGGGCUGCAUCUUCGCAGAGCUGGCCAACGCGGGGCGGCCCCUGUUUCCUGGCAACGACGUAGAUGACCAGCUGAAGAGGAUCUUCCGGCUGCUGGGGACCCCGACCGAGGAGCAGUGGCCCGCCAUGACCAAGCUGCCGGACUAUAAGCCCUACCCGAUGUACCCAGCCACAACGUCCCUGGUGAACGUCGUGCCCAAGCUCAACGCCACGGGGAGGGAUCUGCUGCAGAACCUCCUGAAGUGUAACCCGGUCCAGCGCAUCUCAGCAGAAGAGGCCCUGCAGCACCCCUACUUCUCCGACUUCUGCCCCCCCUAGGCUCCAGGCCCCCGGCAGCCAGGCUGGGGCCUGGCCUAUUUCAGCCCCCUCUGGGGAGGGGAGGAAAAGCAGGGGUGCACGGUGUGCCAAGCUCCAGCUGUGCUGGGCCCAUCCAGGGUGGAGGCGCCCCAACCCGUGUCCUUCACUCCCUCCGUGGACUUUAUUUAAUUUCAUAAAUUGGCUCCUUUCCCACA